AUGUAUCGGAAGUUGUCUAAGUUAGAACACUCGGAAAUAAAACAACUUCUUACAGAAGCUAAUAUAGAUGUUGCAAAGCAUUACACAACAAACAAAAAGGCACUCGCUGACAUCCUCAAUGACUAUAAUGGUGAAAUAACUUAUGAUAGAAUUCAUGAGUUCAUAAAGCCGCAACGCGGCGAGGACGAAGUCCAUGCAAGAGCAUUUCCUUUAAAUGACGUUGCUAUUGACUUAUAUCAUAGACGUUCAAUACCUCAUGAAGUAAGAAGAGAAAUGUUUGACAUAACAAAUGCAAACGUUGGUCAUACUCGUAAAGCUCUUUCACAUGACGUUCGUCAAGAGAUGUUUGACAUAACAAAUGCAAACGUUGGUGAAACAAGAAGAGCUGUACCACAUGAAGUAAGAAGAGAAAUGUUUGACAUAACAAAUGCAAACGUUGGUGAAACACGAAAGAGAGAUGACACACUGAAACAACAGAGAAGAGAGAUGUUUAAAAGUGCUAUAGAACAAGUUCGCAAAGCUAAUAAUGUCAUUCGUUCCAUUGACGACAAACCAAAAGAAGGUGAGAGAUGGUUAAAGAAAGAUGAAGAAAAUAGGAAGAGGAAUGUGAAGUCAGGCAAUAGACUCAUUGACUUUAACAUCGAAGCUUUAGAUGAACCAAACAGAGACUACUUACACAAACAUUUCGGUAAGGUUUUCAUGAGACUCUUAGAGAAAAUUAAAAUAAACUCCCAACAGAGAUGGAUGGUAUGUUAUAAACUUGGUGGAAAGUAUGAAUGUUCUAC